AUGGCAGAGGUGAAGGAGAGCUGCAACACUGGUGCUGAGAAUACCGGUACGCCCGACCAGAAACCCGUGACGACUGUGAAAGGCGCAGCAGCAGCAGCAGCAACAAGCGUCCACGCAUUGAGCCAAGCGCCUGGUGCGGAUGCAGCUCGGCACACCUCACCGGUUGCGGACUUGCCUCCCGUCCGCCGAGCCCUCAUCGUGGCGUGUCUGUGGCUGACAGUGGCAGGCAGCAGUGUACAGGACGCGUUCGGACCGUUCUUUUUCGGCGCCGCUCUGGACAAGAUUCCGCACUCGGGUGCCGGAUAUCACACCGCAAUUGCUGCAGUAUUCAGCGUCGGCCAUGUUGCAACUUUCUUCGCUCUCCCACUCAUCACUCGCGUACUACGGGACCUCGGCAGCAAACAGCUUGUAGUGAUAGCGUCGUGUGCUAGAGGUGUGACCGUCAUAAUAUUCGCUGUGACCAGUGAUAUUGCUAACUGGAAGGUAUUUCUGGCUUACUGUUACGCAGUUCGGCUCCUCCAAGGGCUCGCGUUCCUGGCCAUCACGAUCCCUGUGAUGGCGUACCUGACGCGAAUGUACCCUGCAAAUCUUGGCUUUGUGAACAGUUGCCUUGUCACCAGCCUAUCCCUGGGACACGCUAUUGGUACGCUACUGUCUGGAGUUCUGUACGACGUGGGUGGAUUCAAGUUACCUUUCAUCGUUACUGGUUCCAUAGGCAUAUUUGCAUCGGUCUGUGUUGGAGUGUUUGUUGUGGAUAUCGACCGGCUGGCAGUCGAACAGCAGCAUGGGCAGCAACUGCAGGGUGAAAAGAGCGCCGAAACAGCCGAGAAGCACGUCGGUCUGUGGCCUGUGCUGCGUGAACCAUGGGCUUUCUUCUUGCUGUUACUGGCCAUCGCUGCUCUGGUCGCUGUGAGCUCCAUGGAGGCAAUUCUGGGACGUUACUUGACGUCACAGUUCGGCGUGAGAGCCACUACAGUGGGCGUGAUUCUAGCAUUUCUGUUCGUGCAGAGUACGGUGCUCGGACCAAUCCUAGGAAAGCUGUUGGACGGCGGCCUGAGGCGCAACACGACACUGAUUGUCGGUCUGGUGUUGCUCGGACAGGGAUGUCUGCUAGUCGGCCCGGCUACAUUCCUGCACCUGCCCACGUCACUGGCCCUGGUGUCCGUCUCCUUGUUGGUAAUAGGCCUGGGAGGUGUGCUCACGAUCAUGACGGUGAAUGUAGCUCUCGUGGAACAUCUGCACCAGAUCGGCAUUGGAAACGCGGUGGAGACACGGGUGGCGGUGGCAAGCCUCGCGCGUGUCGCCCAUUGCACUGGCUUCUUCCUGGGACCAGUGCUGAUGAGCCCACUGGUGGCCGCGCUGGACUUCCAAGCGGCCUUCACUAUCCUGGCGUUUGUGUACUGGGGUCUGGCGGGCCGUGUUCUGGCCGUAAGGGGCUUGAAGCACUAUUGGAGAAGCUCAACGCCUGCGCCAUCCUGUGGUAGCAGUUCUUGGGAAGACGAGUAA